UAGACUUUAAACGUCAAAAAAAAGAAAUAAUCCUUGAACUUUUAGUUGCCGUUGAUGAACUUGGUAUUCAAAGACUUAUUGAUUCUGUUCAAGAAUUCUUGGCUCAACAUUGUCUCAAAUUUUUACAAUCAGAUCUCAUUAAAAUACUUCAUUUUAUUACUUGUCAUAACUCAUUCGAUAAUCUUAAAAAAGCUUCUUUAAUUACCUUAACUAAACAUUGCAAAGAAUUUUUACACUUUAAAACAUUAGAAAAAACUUUACAAGGAUUAAUUCAACUUGUUAGAUUUCAUCAGAUAAAUCGUGAAGAAUUCAUGCUUGAAGUAUGGCCAUUUAAGAACCUCCUUCCUGAUGAUUUAAUCGAGGAUAUAUUACGUUGUUAUUUAGUUUCAGGUGCUGUACCACACUAUCAACCAUUUAAA